CAGUUGCAGAUUUUGCUCUGUUGGUAGCCUGAAACUGGUGCCAGCAGCAAACCCGCCAUGAGGGCCCAGAGCAGCCCUGGAAUUAAACUGGGGAGAUUGACGAGCAAACCAUGUCGUUAAACUACAUCAAAAACUUCUAUGAAGGAUGCCUCAGGCCUCCUACGGUGAUAGGCCAGUUCCACACCUUGUUCUUCGGCUCGGUGCGGAUGUUCUUCCUGGGUGUUCUUGGCUUCGCCGUCUAUGGGAAUGAGGCUCUGCACUUCAGCUGUGACCCCGACCGCCGAGAGCUCAACCUGUACUGCUACAACCAGUUCCGACCCAUAACACCUCAGGUCUUCUGGGCGUUACAGCUGGUAACAGUGCUUGUUCCUGGGGCAGUGUUCCACCUCUAUGCUGCCUGUAAGAACAUUGAUCAGGAGGAGAUCCUAGAACGACCCAUCUACACUGUUUUCUAUAUCAUUUCUGUUCUUCUGCGUAUCAUUCUGGAAGUCAUCGCCUUCUGGCUACAAAGCCACCUCUUUGGUUUUCAGGUUCACCCACUGUACAUGUGUGAUGCCAGCGCUUUGGAAAAAGCCUUUAACGUGACUAAGUGCAUGGUACCCGAACACUUUGAAAAAACCAUCUUCCUCAGUGCCAUGUACACCUUCACUGUGAUCACCAUCCUUCUCUGUAUUGCUGAGAUAUUUGAGAUACUCUGCCGGCGGCUUGGUUAUCUCAACAACCAAUGACACAAACACACAAGCACGCAUGCACACACACAAUGACUAAGGGUGUAAACAUACGACACAAUUUCUGCCAGUUUUGGCUCAUUGUUAGCUGGACUUUCAUAAACAGGAAGCUAACAUAAGAGCAAAACCUCACCUGUGGUCCAUCUUGAGUGAGUUGCACCAGGAAAUUUGAGAAUGUGCAACAGUGUCAGAGCUGGCAAAUCCGAAAUACUCUCCAGGUGUUUUUGCCCUUCACUGUAGAAUGAUCCUGGUCGUAUUUCAGAUACCAGUGGGUCUGUACUGGCUGUGUCCAAAGGUCUUGUAUGGACGUGAUGGCCAGAGAUUAUGUUCCUCCUACUGAACCGUUAAGGAAUGGGAUAGAAAGAUUUGUGGUUUUCUUUUUUUUCUGCAUUAAGACUGAAAGACAAGUGUCAACUUCAUGGUGCUACAAAAAACUGUGACUUCAAAAGUCCAAUUUGUUACAAAAAUGGUGGCCUAUAACAGCCUGAGGAUCUUUAAAAUCCUAUUCUUGGAGUUGUGCACAGUUGUACCUCAUAUCUGACACGCUACAGAAAAAAUCAGCUGGAAAUAUUAGCUGCACACAUUUUUCUUAGGGACCUUGCAUGCUCUAAAUGCAUUAAGAUUCAUCUAUUCAACUUGAUGUAUCUUCUUUGGGCUUUGUUCACUUAUGGAGUGCCAACAAUGGACCUGAACAAGUCCAUUUCAGGAGGAUUCACAACUUGCAGAAAGUCUUGAUUAAAAGGCUUAAAGUCUUUAUGUAAUGUCACAAUACUCGACAAUGCAAGUAACUUAGCUAGUCACAUAAUUUAGUAUAAAGUGCAGAUGAAUGCUACAGUCUUGCUUGUUUUCUAGGUGCUGAUCAAAUAUGACAAGCAGACUAUAGAGCUGGUAACAAAUCAUCACCUGUGUCACACACAAAGAACUGUGAUCCGGUAACCUUACCCAAAGGCGAAUGAAUUGCAGGUGCGAUUGCUCGUGAUGCUUGUAUAUGUGACAGUUAUCACUUCCAAGAUGUGCCUGAUAUUUCUUCCAGGCUGUUCUGCCCUUUACUUCUAUGAAAAUGAGCGCCACAACUUUGUUGUGAAUUUUUGAUGGAGUUUUCAGGCUUUUCCUAUGUAAGAUUGGUGGUUCUUAAACAACUUUUGACUUGACUGCCAAUCCACUGCACCACAAAGUUUAAACACAUGGCUGAGUUUACCUCCAUGAAGGCAUCUUAGAACAACUGUGUAUCUUGACAUAGAUUCCAUUACUACAAUGGUUGCAAAGUAGUAUUUUAUCAUUUGAAUACAAACAUCACCCUAAAGUUACAAUUUUCAUAUGAAAUGGGUUUGAUGUAAUAAGCUACAAAAAGAAAGGAACUAAAUAUUUCUUAGUGUAGAUGUUAAAAUUUUAACAAAAAAAACAUAGAAGUCUUAUUUAAUUUGGAUAUAAAACUGCGUUGGAAUGAGAAUGUUUUAAAUUUUUAACAGUGCUACAAUUUGCAAUGGUUUUAAAUUAUCUGAAAAAGUAUCAAUUCCUCCUAAGAAGAAAUAAUGGGAAUUUUAUUGUGAAUUGGGUUUGAAUACAAAUGUACCAACAAACUGGUCGACAUCCAAUGAUGAAUUGUUGGAGGACAUAUACAGCAUUGUCCUUGCUUCACAAAAUAUUGAACUACCACCUCUAAUGUGUUCCGGCAUCCAAGGUGAGACUGAAAAGGUCUCAGCUGGUUAAAAAGGUAUCACUGUGUAGUAAAGUUCUCAACAGACAUGGACAUGAUCUGAUUGUAAAUGUGAAGCUUUGAGAGUUUCAAGGCCCUAUUGCUCUCACAAUAUGAUAAGCAGCCCAGUGAAAAUUGAAAGUAACUGCUCAUUCACUUCAGAUAUAUUAGAAUUUUUUUUUUCCCAUGUCUGAUUUUGAGCUUUCUCUACUGUGGAACUUAUCAAGGAUGUCCUUUCUUUUUAUAUCACCACCUCUUAGCUUGAAGUAUUGAUACUCUUUGUAAAUUUGCCUUUGGUGUCACUGUCGAUGUAUUCUGAAAAUGAUUACCUCUCAUGUUUUGUAAAGUUUCUUGUUUUUUUUAAUCAGACAUCCAUCCAACUUUUGUUAUGAAGUUUUCAGCAAUCUGUUUAUCAUCUCAGGUACAAAAUUGCAUUACCAGACAAAAGUGGAUCAAACCCUCAUUUCAAACCCUUUUAAACCCUUACAUAAGCUAUUCCAGGCCCGAGGGACCACUCCAAUUGAUCCCAAGCUAUUGAUCUGGUGAGUCUGGAGGAGUUUAAGAGGGUUUGAAACAGGUAUGUGACUCCUUUGGUUUUGGUUUGUCUACAUUCUGGUAUCUGUGAGUGGAGGAUGGUUUUAAAUUUUGCCUCUUAAUGUUCUGUCACCAAGACCUAGGCCUUGUUUACAAUAAUUGAAGAUGUAGAAUUCCAUUCAAGCAGGAUGAGGUGUUUACUAGCCCACAGUUACUGAUCCAGCUAGCAUAGACAGCUUUUAUGGCCUCAUAGAUGAACUAGUUAGCUGGCAGUUAGCAUGCCAGCUACAGAAGUUUGCCAAAUGGCUCUAAAUACAUGUAAAACAUGGACGUAAACCCCCUUGUCUGAAAGUGCCUUAAACCUGCACUGUCACACACUGCACUGGUGUGACUCAGCUUGUUGCAAAUUUAUGUCUCAUUGUAUAGAAAUCUAUGAAAAAAUGACUCUACUUCUCACUUGAUUUGUUACCACACUAAACAUUUUUCUAAUAUGUUUAUGAUCUUAAUCACUAGUUCCAAGGCUCCUUCAACAAAAUAGGAUGUUCUUUUUGUAAAUUAUGGCCCCAUUUCCAAUUAAAUAGAUGAUGAAUCUGGCAUGUUUUAGAGAUUGGGGACAUUGUUAUUGACAAAUCUUGACCAUGCAGGCAUGUAUAGUGUCCCCGAGUUCUUAGACAGAUCCACCUCUAACUUGGCACAUUAAGUCUCAACAAACCAAGAUGGCAACAACCAAAUUACAAACUUUAGAAUGGUAGUUCACAAACACAUAGGUGAUGUGACAGUGACUGUGUCUAUCUUUUAUAUACUAGCCACUGUCUGUAGCAAUUAUCCUGGCAUCAAGCCUCUAGCAAAGUCAGUUUCAUAGGUAUGUGUGGAUGUCCUGUUUGCUGGUGUGACCAGGCUAUCAUGCUAAUUUUAGUAGCAUCUAUAAUCGUGGCUAUAUAGAUCAAGAGGCAGGCCAAGGAAUUAAAAAAAAACAAUUAAAUUCUCAAAACAGUAUAUUGCUCAGGUUGGCUAGUGUACGGGUUUUGUCUUUUGUCUCAUGAUAAAAGUUAUUCCACAGGUUGAAACAUCUGGGCUAGUCUUGGUGAUGGGCUUAUUCACAUUUGUACAUGAAGCUGUGCUUAAAUAUCUUAAAAUGAUUAACUUAGAAAGCACCAAAAGAAGAAUGAGUCAUUGAUAAUUGACAGGAUUGUAAAGUUCUAACGAAUAAUUAGUCAGAAUGGACCUUUUUGGGCCUUGUGCAAAUUUUAUGAUACACUUUACAUUUCAGUACAGUUUUUUUUUUCUUUAAAUAGUGCAAAAAUAGUUCAUUUGAUGAAGUCAACUCCAAACCACUUACAGUAAAAUGUCAACACAGAGUUGGCUUUUUAUGGCACCAUUGAAAUUACUUACAUAAUCAAGGAGUUUACUGUUUAUAUGUCUUGAUGCUUCUAUUGACCACUAAUAUCGGUGUCACUGAUGAUGUAUCAUACAGAACACUCCACUGCAAACACAACUUAAUUUGUAUAUCUUUGAUUUUUACUGAUGUUACUACGUUAGUUGUGAAAAUGGAGCUGAGACUCUUUAUAUUUUUCAUCAACUGCUUGUCUCUGUAUUGAAUUACUUUUGUCCUUCUUGAAUGUCUACAACUUUGCAGCUACGUCAAAGAAAAAGAGGCACAUUUUAUGACUAACGCAAAAUUAUUGAGUAACGUGUUUGUCUGAGUGCUACUGUUUACUGAAGGUGACCAGUGAUUCUCCUAUUUGUUUUGUCUUGAGAUGAUUGAUUAAACAUGUCCUACGAUUGUC